AGUAUUUGGCAGGUUUGAAAAGUAUAACGUUGCCAACAUAAUUUUUUUAUUGAUAUACAAAUUGUAAAAUAUGCCUGUAUGCAUCAAAAACGCAUUUCCGGUUUUAUAAUGGCGGUUGAAUAUGCAAUAAAACUAAAAAAGUUAUUAUUUUCUAACAUUUUUACUUAUAAUGCAUGAUUUUUUAAAAUGCAGGGCAUUAUGCUACAAAUACGGCAACUUUGUAUGAAUAAAUUCCUCAAGUGAAAGCUACCAAAGCUCCAACUAGCACCAAAAAGCUCAAAUGCUCUAAAAAUGGCGUGGUAGAAUGGCGUCUGGUAAAAGAAACGUUAAAGACGAUAGUGUUUCGCCGGUUUGUGAAGAUUCGUCUGAGAGCGAAAUUGAAGCUGAACCUGCAAAAUCGUUCCACAGACGAUUAUCAACAAAUCACGAUUUAAAAUGUUCGGCUCCGGUAAAAGAAGGAUACCUGCUGAAGCAGACGUCCUUUCAAAGAUGGAAAAGACGAUACUUCAAAUUGCGAGGACGCAAACUCUACUACGCCAAAGAUAAAAAGGCUGUGAUAUUCGAUGAGAUCGAUCUCACCGACCUGUGCCUAGCCGAGUGUUCCAUUAAAAACGUGAACCACAGUUUUCAGAUAAUAACAACAUUUAGGUCAUUGGUGCUUUGUGCCGAAUCUCGUCGUGAGAUGGAGGAGUGGUUGUCAGCUCUCACUGCCGCUUCCCAACGUCGCUUCCACGAUGCCAACGAUCAACCGGAUCUCCUUUCAGGAUAUCAUCACUGGUAUGCAACAUCACAUGCUCGGCCUACUUUUUGUAAUGUGUGUCGCGAAGCCUUGAACGGGGUCACAAGCCACGGCCUUAGUUGUGAAGUAUGUAAGUUCAAAGUUCAUAAGAGAUGCGCCGCAAAGGCAAUUAACAACUGCAAAUGGACCACGCUCGCUUCUAUUGGAAAAGAAAACAUAAUUGAAGACAGCGAUGGGACCAUUCUAAUGCCACAUCAAUGGUUGGAAGGAAACUUACCGGUCGCUUCGAAAUGCAUAAUCUGCGAUAAAACUUGUGGAUCAGUUUUAAGGUAA